CAUCAGUCUUCCAUCUUUGUGCGGGGCAGACUGAACUGACGUGUGGAGCAACAAAACACUGCGGGUUUACGAUCUCAAAACAAAAACCUGAUAUACGCCGCAGCUUUCUGUUCCGAGAGCUCGGCAACAUGUCCUUUAUCCGCGGUUACCCUGUCAUCGCCUGCUGCGUGCUGGUGGCUUUGGUUCUGGGUAUAGAAGAUGGCCCAGAUCGCCCGGUUAUCGGAGCUCCGGGAUCCCCGGUCCGUCUGUCGGAGUCAGACCCGGGGGUUAUGAAAGCAGUGAAAUUUGCCGAGGAACGAUAUAAUAUGGGAUCCAACGCGAUGCAUAUACGCCGUGUUAGCAAAAUCCUGUCGGCCAGCAAACAGCUGGUGAAAGGUAUUCGGUACAGUAUUAUGGUAGAGAUUGGAAGCACCCAGUGUAAGAAAUCCCUAGAGCUGAGCGCUGUGGACACCUGUGAAUUUUUCCCAGAGCCCCACAAACAGAAGACGGAGGUUUGUUUGUUUGAGGUUUGGGACAUUCCCUGGGAAAGUAAAUCCACCCUGCUUAAACAGAAAUGCGAGCCUGCGGUUUCCAAGGAGCUCAAUAAGGUUGCAUCUGUACCCCUAACCCAUGGCAAACCCAUGAAGGAAACUGUGGAGCUUUUGACCCAGUUUAAAAACUUUAUAGUCACAUACAACCGAACAUACAGCUCCCAAGAAGAGGCAGAGAAGCGUUUGCGCAUUUUCCAGGAGAAUAUGAAAACGGCACAAACACUGCAAUCCCUGGAACAGGGGUCAGCUGAGUACGGGGUCACCAAGUUCAGUGACCUCACGGAGGAUGAGUUUAGAAUGAUGUACCUGAACCCAAUGCUGAGUCAGUGGAGUUUGAAGAAGGAGAUGAAGCCAGCGACCCCGUCCAGCAAGGCAGCUCCUGACAGCUGGGACUGGAGGGACCACGGGGCGGUCAGUUCUGUGAAGAACCAGGGCAUGUGCGGCUCUUGCUGGGCAUUUUCUGUGACUGGAAACAUCGAGGGACAGUGGUUCAAGAAAACGGGAGAGCUGCUUUCCCUCUCCGAGCAGGAAUUAGUGGACUGUGAUAGGCUGGACCAGGCAUGUGGAGGUGGGCUGCCAUCUAAUGCGUAUGAAGCCAUCGAGAAGCUUGGAGGUCUUGAGACCGAAACAGACUACAGCUACACAGGACACAAGCAGAGCUGUGAUUUCUCUACAGGGAAGGUGGCCGCCUACAUUAACAACUCUGUUGAGCUGCCCAACGAUGAAAACGUCAUUGCUGCUUGGCUGGCUGAGAAUGGUCCAGUGUCUGCUGCCCUCAAUGCUUUUGCUAUGCAGUUUUACAGAAAGGGAGUGUCUCAUCCUCUAAAAAUCUUCUGCAACCCCUGGAUGAUUGAUCAUGCUGUGCUGCUUGUGGGAUACGGACAACGUAAUGGCGCUCCAUUCUGGGCCAUCAAGAACAGCUGGGGAGAGGACUAUGGAGAGCAGGGUUACUAUUACCUGUACAGAGGAUCCAGACUGUGUGGAAUCAACAAGAUGUGCUCAUCUGCAAUUGUGAAUUAGACGCGUGCACACGCACACACACACACACACACACACACACACACACACACACACACACA